CAUUUAUGCAAUUAGUUUUAUUAUUAGUCUACGUUUAAUACUUCUAAUUAGUGUCAAACAUCUAAUAUGACAUGGACUAAAAUUUAGUCCUUGGAUCCAAACACCACCAUAAGCAUCCAGUAGUAGACUACGGUGAUGAUAUCCACACUGCAAGUUCCAAGAAUCAAUCCUGCCAAGUGGUACACAAAACCAUAAAACCAACGUGCACGUUAAACGUUUUGUGUGUGUGAAACCCAGUUUCGUUUUUAUAAUCCCUCCUGGUGAGCAGCUGCACAUGCAAAAAUCAAAAUACAGUUGUCUCUGCUCUAUACUUGUACUACAACCCGGUCGGCCAGGCUAAGGGCACGUACAGCGGGUCUUUUUGCCCCGUCUCUGUGAUGUCUUUUAUGCAAAAAACCCCCCGGUUGAGUCAAGCGACGGGAGCUGCGUCCUCUCGCGAGGCGAUGGCGACGACCCGUGCUCCGAGGCGGAAGAGGCAAGCUCAGCACCGUUGUACGAGCUCGUCGUCCCGAGGCGACGGCGCGGCAGGAUCCCGCGCGGAGAGCGCGCGCGCGGGAAAUUUCCCCGCGAAAUCCAGGUAGGAAGAAGAAGGGAGGCACACCUGAGGCCUCGGAUGCGGCGGCGGCAGCCCCAGCUCGUUUGGAAAAGGCAUUCUACAAUUUAAUUACUUGACUCUAAAUUUUUUUGCAUCAUGCAGCAUUUUAUCCUAAUGAUAUUGAGGUUAUAUUCAACUUUUGAGAGAAAUAAAAAUCUGAUGGUUGUUUAUAUUAUGAAUUGAUUGUGGAUUGGAUGAAGCUAUCUCUAGAUGUUACUCUGUUUAUACUACCUGAUUAUUAAUGUCAGUAAUCCCUUCCUUUGUUAUAUGGUUACAGUAGUUAGCUAGAACCCUGUAACUGAAAUGAACUAGCUGCCAUGAGAUAAUUCGCAAAAGCGAGCCAAACUCAAAUGCAGAGAUUUAGUUAGCUAGAACCCUGUAACUGAAAUGAACUAGCUUGUUCAGUGAUACACUAUACUACUGAUAUGGAGUAUAUAUAAUCUAGGGAAAAAGAUGAGCAUAUUAGCCUUUUAUUGCAUUCCUUUUCUUUUUGUACUCUCUCUAUACAUAUAUGUCUCUAUACAUAUAUAAUCUAGGGAAAAAGAUGAGUAUAUAUAAUCUUUCAGCAGGUUCAGUGUAUGUCUCUAUACAUAUACUUUGAUGAGAAUCUGCAAAUGAUCAGAAAGGGGAAAUUUAGGAAAUAAAUUCAGAGCUUGAUCAUUGGAGGUAUAUACUGGGAGCUAAAUAUUGAUUUGAUUGUGGUCAUGGCUGGGAGGUAUACAUCCUGGUAGAUAUAUACAUCCUGUGAGGUCAGUUGGAAUGCCGAGAGGUCUCAUUCAGUUUCAGUUUCUGAAUUAAUGUGAAUGUGAUUUGUAAAUGCGAAUGUGCACUUCAGUUUCUGUUGGAAUGUGAAUGUGCAUGCUUCAGGUUCAGUUGUUGCAAUGUGAAUGUGCAUGCUUCAGUUUCAGUUUCUGUUGGAGUGCCGAGAGGACUAAUUUGCUUAUGUGAAUGUGAAUGUACCCUUCAGUUUCUUUCUGGAAUGUGAAUGUGCAUGCUUCAGUUACAGGCAUUAUGUAUAUGUGCUCCUUUAUUAUGUGAAUGCUUCAGUUAUGUGCAUGCCCGUUUCUGUGAAUGUGAACGUGAAUUCAAGCCUCAAUUUUAUACUAUAAAAUGGAACCAUCUACUCCUUUUCAUUAUGUAUAUGUGCUCCUUUCCACUACCGUACCCUCUACUCCUUUUCAUUCUGUAAAUGGAGCCGCAUGAAGAUGAUGACUUCCUAGAAGCCGACAAUUUUGAAGUGUUCACCGUAGAAGAGUUGCUGGCAGAGGAUGAGAUCAUCGAAGAGUUGCUAGCAGAAGAAUUCAAGGCUGCAGGUGAUGGAGAAGCUUCGUCCGUAUCUCGCCGUCGUCGACAGAGUGGACCAAGGAGGUACAUACCAAGAAAUCGAGAACGAGGUCAUGAUGAUCUUGUCGCUAAUUACUUUUCCGCAAAUCCUAUCUACACCGAUGAAAUGUUUCGUAGGAGAUUUAGGAUGAGACGGCCGUUGUUUCUGCGUAUCGUACAUGAACUUAGUGAGUGGUCUCCUUAUUUCACCCAACGAGUUGAUGCAACUGGUAGGAAUAGUCUUUCACCGCUUCAAAAGUGUAUAGCAGCUAUCAGGAUGUUAGGUUAUGGAACCGCGGCUGAUCAACUUGAUGAAGUCUUGAGGAUUGCUGCAAGCACUUGUUUGGAAUGUUUGGGAAAAUUUGCUGAAGGGGUGAUUGAAAAGUUUGGUGACGAAUAUCUACGCCUGCCAAGAGCCGAUGAAUUGGAAAAAAUCUUACAAGAAAAUGAGGCUCGUGGUUUUCCUGGAAUGUACGGAAGCAUCGAUUGUAUGCAUUGGCCAUGGAAGAAUUGUCCGAAAGGUUGGGCAGGCAUGUUCACUAGUGGUAACAAAGGCGUUCCUACUAUGAUUCUUGAAGCAGUGGCAACUAAAGAUCUUCGUAUAUGGCAUGCUUUUUUUGGUACUGCCGGGUCUCAGAAUGACAUAAACGUUCUAAACAAGUCGCCACUAUUUAUUCAAGCAAUAAAAGGGGAAGCUCCAACGGUACACUACAACGUAAACGGAACACAAUAUGACAUGGGUUACUAUCUUGCCGAUAGAAUAUAUCCAGAAUGGGCAGUAUUCGUGAAGACAGUGACGGCCCCUCAGUUGGCGGAAGACAAAUUAUUUGCAUUAAAGCAAGAAGGGGCGAGGAAAGAUGUCGAGUGCGCAUUUGGUGUGCUGCAAUCACGCUUUGAUAUUAUUCGUCGACCAGCAAGGUUAUGGAAGCAGGGGGACGUUAUCAACAUAAUGCAAGCUUGUGUUAUCCUUCACAAUAUGAUAGUGGAAGAUGAGAAGGAAGCAAUUAGAGAUGUCUUGGAUUUGAAUUAUAAUCCAAGUGCAACGAUAGUGCUCCCGCCUGAAGUGCAAAGAAGCGACAACCCAGAUGUCACGCCCAGAAAUUUAGCCCAAAUUUCCAGACUAUUUUGUGUAUUAAAUCCCUGUCCAGGACCAGCCAGGGUACACAAAACGACAAGUAAUAAACAGUUCCAAACGUAA